AUAAAGCCUACCCUUACACGCGAGACAGCCCUCUCUCUCACCUGCCCCUCUCCCUUUCUCCAUCUUAUUCUGUCAACCCGAUAUAUACUCCCCAUCACCGAUAUCUCUGCCGGCAGACUCUUCAUAAAAUCCGAUAGCUGGUAGAUUUAAAAGGAAACGAUUGUUUCUUUACAAUCUAGUUAAGAACAUCAGCGGGGCUAAUGGCGGCAGGAGCAGUAUCGCCGACGGAUCAUCAAGGUACUCCACCAGUGGUGCCGGUGCCGAUGAUGAUGGCGGACACGAUUGCCAAGGACGCUAUUCUUGCCUGGUUUCGUGGGGAAUUCGCAGCGGCUAACGCCAUAAUCGAUGCUCUGUGUAGCCACCUGGCACAGCUGGAUGCAGGAUCCGAGUACGAGGCGGUGUUCGCGGCCAUUCAUGGGAGGAGGCUUAACUGGAUCCCUGUGCUCCAGAUGCAGAAGUACCACUCCAUUGCAGACGUGGCUCUGGAGCUAAAGCGAGUGGCUGAGACAAAACUGGAAGCAGCAUCAUUCGGAAACGUGGAGACUGAUAAAUUCAGCGAUGAGAAAGUAAAAAUAAGCGUGGAAAAUGGUCAUGUUGCUCAGGAAGAGGAGGAGGAUUCACCUGAUAGUGAUAUUACUGAUUCAGGAUCUCAAGAAGUGAAGCCUGCUAGCGAGAAUGACGAUGACAUAUGUGCCAAUCAUGAAGACUGCGGCGUACGUCCUUCUCAAAUCAAGCUGACAAAAGGAUUCACAGCCAAGGAGCAUGUCAAAGGGCAUACGGUGAAUGUUGUGAAAGGUUUGAAGUUAUACGAGUCAAUAUUCACUGAUUCUGAGCUCUCUAAGUUAACUGAUUUCGUCAACGAACUCCGGGUUGCUGGCCAGAAUGGUGAACUCUCAGGCGAGACUUUUAUUUUAUUCAACAAGCAGGUGAAGGGAAACAAGAGGGAGCUGAUUCAGCUUGGGGUUCCAAUUUUUGGACAUAUAAAAGAGGAAGCUGCAAGUAACAACCCAUCAAGCAAUAUAGAGCCAAUUCCAGUUCUUCUCCAAGGUGUCAUUGAUCACCUGGUUCAAUGGCAAUUAAUUCCAGAAUAUAAAAAACCUAAUGGAUGCAUCAUCCAUUUCUUUGAUGAGGAGGAAUAUUCACAACCUUUUCUGAAGCCACCUCAUCUAGACCAACCAAUCUCUACUCUUAUCCUCUCAGAAUCAACAAUGGCCUUUGGGCGUAUUCUCGGGAGUGACAGUGAUGGUAAUUACAGAGGAUCGCUCUCCCUGUUUCUGAAAAAAGGGUCUCUUUUAGUGAUGAGGGGAAACAGUGCUGACAUGGCCGGACAUGCCAUGUGCCCGUCUUCAAACAAAAGGGUCAGCAUAACUUUCUUCAGAGUGCGUCCUGAAUCCAAACAUGUGCAGUCACCACCAACUAGUCCCAUGACCCUAUGGCAACCUAGCAUCCCGAGCCCAUAUCCAGUGCCUAAUGGAGCUCUUGAUGGCUAUGAGCCAAUGGAUUCAAUGCCUCCUAACUGGGGAGUUCUUAGUUCUCCAGUGGUAAUGCUCGCUCCAAUGCGCCCUAUGGUCUUGAGUCCCAAAAGAAUGCCCAAUGGGGGUACAGGGGUUUUCUUGCCCUGGGCUGUAGGAUCUAGAAAACCUGCAAAACAUCUUCCACCCCGUGCCCAAAGAGGACGCCUUCUUGCACUAUCCUCUCCAGUCGAAACACAUGUAGCAGCUUCUGCUUCCAAUACAGGUAUCAGUAUUGAAGGGAAAUCGGCCUGAAGUUAUCCUGAGGCAGCUCUGGGGCCAAAGCAAUAUGAAUCAAAUACAAACAUGGCGCACAUAUACACCUCUCCUGAAGGAAGGAGCUCUCUCUUAUUGUACAAAAAAGUCUCUCGAGCUGCCAGAAGAGCUAGUUUUUUAAUUCGUUUCCUCUUUUUCCUCCCUAAGAAUGGGUUCUAAUCUUUGUCAGUACAUUAGGUCCCUAGGAUCAGCUGAGCUUCAAGUUUGAGCAGUGUGAAUUAGUUCUAGUUGAGGGUAGAAUUUUGUAUCAACUAAGGUUAUUGAAAUUUAAUCUUUUUUUACAGACAGAUUACUUGCUC